AUGCUAAAAUUGACUAGAUUCGAAAAAUUACAGAAGGAAUAUUUGGCCAAAUCAUUCCAGCCUUUACUGGACGAGUUAACUACUUGUGACGAGCAAUCCUUUUUAAUAAAACUUAAAAAUAUUCAGGAAUGGGAUAGACCUAAGGAUGACUUAUUUAUCUGGAUCCCAGUCCUAAAUAGAAUCGAUGAUUUUUUAUCAAAGAUAAUCAAAAAAUACUCUUAUGAAUCUGACAACUAUAAGAAAAGACCUGUCAAGCUCAACGAAAUGUCCAAGGAAAACGAGGAUGCUUGUGUAAUAUUGACAGAAUUCACAUCCCGCUUACUCUUUAAUACUGAGAAAAGAUUUAUUUACGCCUCUACGGACGUUAUGAAUAAUUUACUAAAUUGUCCCAAUUUUAGGGUCAAAUUAGGUGCCAUCAAAGUUUUAGCAAUCGUUGGUGAAAGAUACUUAAUAUCAAGAGAACGAAUGGCACCAGAAAACGCUCUUACUCGCCAGGAUUUGAAGAAAAAAGUUUUGAAAUUAGCUUUAGCAUUCCCCUCUUCGGUGCCUGAUGACAAUGGAGAGCAUUUCACAAUAGCAGAUUUAUUUUUCGAUAAAAAAAAUAUACCUUCCAAGUGGACUAAAUUGAAAUAUGCUUACUUUAGUAGUGAGAAGAAACCUCAUAACCGUGAUGGUAAUCAACAAUCAUCUUCCAUGAAAAAAUUUUGUUUAAGUAAUGAAGAUUUAAGGACAUUUUCCUUACAACAACUUUUUGAUAAAGGUAUGGAAGUCCUACCUUCUGAAACAUGGUUCGAUUAUUCAUUACAAGUCACUCUGGCAAAGGCAUUUAGCGACGACUCUUAUGAGAACUUACAAUUAAGGAAUUUAAUAAUAAGGACCAAAUUUAAUUCAGUUGCAUUAGUGAAUACAAUUUAUGUUCCUCCUCAAGUAAGCUCUAAGCUUUUUGAAAUCGAUCCAUAUACCUUCAACUGUUUGACAGAUUUCAUUUCAUUAGCUGAACAAAAAAUACCAUCAGCACUGCGCUUGGACGCAUUAUUUGCUUUGGAAUGUAUUUCAUUGAAACACGUUUGGUGUUCUGAUAUUAUGAGGAAUUUAGGUGGUAAUCUAUCACAUGGUGCAUUAUUCCAAAUAUUGCGCCAAAUUGGUAAGCUUCUACGUACAGAGGAUGGAGAGAUUAAUGAGGAGUAUAAUGUGAGAUUUUUUUAUGUCAUUGUCAAUAUAUCUGCUGUAAAAACUCUACACGACUCCCUUCUAGCUGCAGGACUAAUUCCAUGCUUAUUGAAUAUUAUAUCAAUUAAACAAACAAAAUACAGACGUACCACUGCAUCUGCAACACACUUGUUACAGUCCUUUAUAAGGGAUUCGAGUUCGACAACAGAAUUUAUUGCUAAUGACGGCUUCAAUAUUUUAAUCAAUUGUAUAACCGAGGAAAUUACUUUUGCUCUACAAAAUCCAGAUUUUGCAAAACCUCCAAAAUAUGGGCCAACUGACUAUUCUAUUUCCUUUAGACAACAAGCUUAUAUCAGAAGUCUUCUAAAACUCACAAUAAGAUUAUUAAAAAAUGACUCAGGAGACCGCAUCAGAAAUCUUAUAGACUCUCCAAUUCUAGCGUCACUAAAACAAAUACUAGAAAAUAGACCUGUUUUCGGAUAUACAUUAAUAGAAUACACUUUGGAUGUGGUACAAAAAGUUAUUAAUAGUGAGCCUACAAUUUAUUCAAUUUUGGUGGAGGCCGGUCUGGUUCCAUUCAUUAUAGAUCACUUCGAAGAAUUUAUCGCUCCGCAUCCGCAUCUAAUCUUUCUGCUUCCAGAUGUUAUUUCUGCACUUUGCUUGAGCAAUUCAGGAUUACAAAGGGUGAAGGAGAAAAAUAUGGUGAAGUACUUAUUUGAUGCAAUAAUGAAUCCAGAAUUUUCCAGGGCUCUUUCAUGGACAGAGGAACUUAAUGAUUUUGGUUCAAGUAUUGAUGAAUUAGCAAGACAUUAUCCUGAUCUGCAACCUCUUAUUCUUGACGCAUUUUGUGACGUUGUGAAAGAGUUGCCAAAUAAAAUAAACUACACGCAAUCAUUUCUAUACGAGCCAACCGGUGACAACGAUUAUUUCUAUCAUUCGAAAGACGAACCUAUUCUCGACGAGGAAGAAUCGGCAGGUGAGUUAGCCUUUUGGGAUAUCCAAGAUUCAACAGGUAUCCUAGAUUGUUUUACCAGCUUGUUUUAUGGAAUGACAUUGGAUAGUUCUGUUUUGCAUGCAUUACCUGAAGUUUUGAGAGUGGAAGACCUGCUAUCCACAGUUAACAUAGACAGGCCCCCAUUUGAUUUUAUUUCCUCCCAAACUAUGCUAAAUAUUGUUGAUAUCCUCCAAACCUUCGAGGAAGAGCACAAGGAAUACGCAUUUACAGCUGUUUUUGGAGUAUUAGACAAAAAAUUAAGAAAUAUCACAGAAUUUUUACGUUUUCACAAUAAUAACAGCUUUUUCUUAAGUGCGAGACGUGGUCAGGAUAAUUCAGGUAUUGACUAUAUCUUGGGAGAAUUAUCUGGCAUUUGUUCUCUGCUGUACAUCACAUCUAAUGUUUAUGUGCAUUAUUCUAGACUAACUCCAACUAGGGUUACUCAAAUACUUGAAUAUUUCAAGUCCGAAGGAUUUGAGAUCAUUGAAAAUUUGAGUCUUUUACUGCAGAAGUGUGUUUUGGAGGAAAUGUAUAUUCGCACAAAUUUACCAGACCAAGUUGCAACUGAGACAAGACCAGAGUCCUACGGGCAUGCGCCUCCGAUCUUAAUACAUUCUCAAAAGCCAGUUAGAGGUGACCAAAAAGACAAUAAGACAUCUGCAAAGUUUAAGAAUACAUUUCAGACAAGGCGAAUUUUGAGCAAUAUACAGUCACAUAUCGCAAUUUUAUUCAAAGCAUUCCUAAGGUUGUCACAUUCAAAAGACCGUGGCAAUACAGAAUUACAGCUAGAUAUGCCUAAUCAAGUGAUGGAAGUACGUACAUUUGACGUUGUAGUCACACAUCUUACUAAAAUGAUCAAAGAGAUUCCACGUAAUUUGAAUCCUGGAUACUUCCUUGUUCUGUUAAACUUUAACAGUUAUGUUCUUUCCUUUCCAAAGGCAGGCCUAAGUUCAGGUGACAUCUUACAAACCGUUCCUGCAGUUUUAUUUUAUCAGAAGGGCGGUUAUAAUGUAUAUCUAGAGCUUGUUACAGAAUGGCUCUCAAAAUUAAAGGAUUUCAAAGACUUAUCUGGAGUGGAAGAGAUUGAUUAUGUCAAGGAUACAAAAGAAGUUCUCAUUGUUAGCUGUAUCAUAAAUGUCUUAUCAUUCUUCAACAAAUCCAUUCGGACGGACACGGUCGAGACAAUCAAGCGGAUAGAAGAUUAUUAUUCGAAUGUUAUUUUCUCAAAGAAUUUGUCUCAAGGACUAAUUGAGCGUAUCCAAACCUUGUCGCUUUUUAUGCUUCACACUUGGAAUGACAGCCAUGAAAUAUUUUCUUCGAAUAACAGGACCAUUCCGUAUACCGUUUUUAAACAACUUUUAACCAUAAUGAAUAACUCUUACAUAUCGGUUUCUGAUGAAGGUUUCGAUAUAGAACUAAUGCAUGAGCUUCGCUGGGAUUCAAUUGAGGCUGUAUCUGAACAAAUGAGAAUUCUCACUGAUGCAGGAGUAGAUUCCAAUUCAGCUAGGAGAUUUCUUUUCGGUCUCUCAAUUUCUAAGUGCAAGGACUCUGAAAUUGGAGAACAAUAUGCCGACGAAUUGGUAGAUGCUAGAACGUCUGAACAAUGUGAAAAAAUUCUUGCUGCAAACAAUCAAGCCCUUAACAUAUUGAAGAUCUAUCCAGAUAAGGAAUUACGCAGUAAAUCACUUAAUAAAUUGAGAGCACAAAUGUUCGAUAUAACAGUACGAAAGGGUGGCUUUUUUGAGGUGCUUCCGCUGUACCCAAAACUAGUAAAUGCCAUUACUAAGACCUCACUAGAAAUGAUGAAAUGUGUUUCUGAACCUUUUGUGGUCAUACAACAUAGUAUUGUACAAAAAAUAGAGACCAUUUCAAUCGACGAUCGUUCAACCUUAUCCUCCCAUCUUCACAUGUUCGGCAUUCUUCUUAGUGAAAGGCCUCCAAGUAGAGUUGACAAACUCGUAAUGAAUAAAUUUAUGAAUCAUAUGAAUAACAUAUUAGCUCCAGAGCACGUAAAUACAGCGUGGUUCUCAAAAGCACUUUAUUGUUAUGAAAUUUUGCUAUCUGCCUCUGAGUUGCCACAAUUGGAACCACUAGAAAGAAACUUAAAAAUUGAAGCAGAAAUGCCGGUCGAGCCAUUAGAUGUAUACCCAGUAUCAGCAAAAACUAAACAAACAAUGUUCCAUAAGUUGAUAAGGGUUGGUGAUAUUAGCAAUUUUUAUUCAGCAGUUUCAAUAUGCAGAAUCUUACUUUUAUAUGCUCGUGAUCCGCUGAAUGUCAAGGAUGUUAACCAAUCUGGCAUAUUAUCCAAAAUUUUGAAGGUGAUUGGCCAAUGCCAAAAAUCAGACAAGAUCAGGUUCCUUGAAAGUGCCUUUCUUCUACUUGUCAGACGUUGCUUUGAAGACCAAUUUGUUGUUGAAAAUCUAAUAAGAUUUGAGCUACAGAAAAGUUUUGUUACUAGGUCUUUAGGAGAGCCAAAAGAGAAAAUUCGAGAGCUCAGAGAUAUUUUAGAUGAGAAACCUCAUACUGUCGUCAGAAAUCCAACUAUAUUUACUAGUGUUUUGUGUGAAUCGGCACAGUUCAUUGAUUUCAGUGAUAAAGAGUAUCUUUCAGACCUUGUUUUGGAAAGGAAAAAAUUUAAAGAAGGAGAGGACAUUGCACAAAAAAAGACUCGUCCCAAGACAGAAUUUCAAGAGCGCUCUGGGAUUGUGCAUUUGUUGUUGACACAGCUUAUGGCAGCCGCUCAAAAAGAUUGGCUUUCAGAGCCGCAGUCGUCUGAGUAUGAUGACGCCAGCAAGAAGGAAAAGCAAGACAAACCUGAACCGUCAAGAAAUCCAGUAUGCGCGUACAUGAUAUUUCUUUUAAAGGUCCUUAUUGAAUUGGUAACGAGUUACGAUCAAUGUAAAUUGGAAUUCCUAACCUUUGAUAAAAGAAAUAUCUACUCCGAACGCCCUAAACCUAGGGCAGCAGCUCUCAAUUUCUUUCUAUAUCAAAUUUUGGACAAAUCCUCAGAUGUCGAAAGAACCAAACACGAACUAAAAAGAAAGGAAGUCAUAAGUAUGCUAGCUAAGUCAGUUGUUGUUGGAUUUAUGACCUCGGUCCAAGAUGCCUCUAUUACUAAAGCUGAUCCAAAAAUUGCUGAUCCAGACAUCACUUUCAUAAGAAAGUUCACAGUAGAGGCUAUCGUAAAGGCACUUAAGUAUUCCACAUCUACGCAAAAAUUAUUAGAAGCGAAUGUUGAUAAGAUUGAUACUUGGCUCAGUACUCUCUCUUUGAUGGUUUACAUCCAAGCACCUUACUUGAGAUUGUUGCUAGAUCCUAACAGAAUCGAUGCAGACAGAUAUCAGAUAUGCAAAAUAAUGCUUGAAUUAAACAUACCUUCAACAAUUACCGAUUGCAUGGCUAAUCUAGACUUGAAUUACCCAUUUUGUAAGAGAUUAUUUAACAACGCCGUGGAUGUACUAAAUGCUAUCACUUCAACUAGAAAUGAUUUUUCGGAUCUAUUUAAGAUUGAGGUGAAUGACGACGAUGUUGAAGUCGAGGAGGAGUCUGAAAAAGAAGAAGCCUCGGAUAUGUUUAGAAAUUCUGCACUAGGUAUGUACGAUGUAGAAGAUGUUGAGGAUGACGACGAUGACGACGAUGGAGACUCCCUUAUAGUUGAUGACGAAGAUAUAGCAUUCGUCGAUACUGAUGAAGAUGGAUUUGAAGUGGUAUUUACUGAUGAAAACGAAGAUGAUGAUGAAGAAGAAGGAGGAGUUGUCGACGGCGAACGAGAAGAAGCAAGCCUCCUGGACUCUGAUGAAGCAGCUGAAUAUUCAUUCAGUGUUGAUUCAGAUGGAAUGUCUGUGGAAAUUGAUGUAAUUGAUACAGAUGAAAGCGACAGUCAAGUAUUUGUGGAAAGUGAUAGUUAUUCCGGUGAUGGUGAUGAAGAAGAUUAUUCUUCUGAUUCUAUGAUUGAGAUUAGUGAUUAUGAUGACGUUGAUGAAUCCGACUGGGAAUCGGGCCUAUCAGAUCUUUCAUCUUCUGAGGAUGACAAUGACGAUGUCGAAGAUACCGAGGCUGACAUGCAAGAGACAAAUAGGUUUCGUGGUGCUCGGAGAAUUUGGACUUUAACUGAUGGGAUUGAACUGGAAGAUGAGUCAUCAGACGAAGAAACAAGAGGUGUGUUCCAAGGUAUUGAGCAUGUCUUUAGUCCGGAGGAGGAAACUUUAUUUAGAGUGGAUGAUGCCCAAAGGCAAGUUCCAAGACAUCGCCACCGUUCUUCUCGCGGAGGUGGCCUGCUUCCACCAUCCUUAUCAUUUUUGAAUAAUGGUAGACGUAACCAAAGCAAUCUUGUAAAUCCUUUGGGACCCUCAGGACUUGAACAAAUUGAAAGUGAUCUAAACGAUCAACUGGUUAGUAUUGGUACAGGCGCACGCCCAAGAUCCAACCGCACACACUUUGCUGACGUUCUCUUUUCUGGCGAAAUCUUUGAUGAAAAGACAAUUAGCGGAGUUGUGUUGAAAUCUACUAUUGCGAGAUGGAAAGAUGUGUAUGAUAUGUUUUACGAUUCCAGGAGUGACCUUUAUUGUAUUAUUCCUAGUAUCGUGUAUAGACUUUUCCAGCCCAGUUUAGAAGCUUUUAGGAAGACGAAAGCUUAUGAAGAGUCACUUUUCCAAAGAAGUCAUAAGGGAGAAUUUGAAAGCAAACCGCAUGAUUUUGAGUCAUAUCCAGAAGAUGCUGAUGUAUCUGAAGAUGAAGAUUCCUCUGGUCAUGAAGAUGAGGACCUUGUUUUGGAAGACCCUAGCUAUGAAGAACAUAUUGAUGGAGCGACAAGUCCUGAGGCACACGAACAUGAGCCUGUCUACGUUAACAUUGAUGGAGAAGAGGUGGACAUCGGCGGGACCGACAUAGAUCCAGAAUUUUUAAAUGCUUUACCAGAUGAGAUGCGUUCCGAAGUGUUUGCGCAACACGUUCGUGAGAGGAGAGCAGAGGCCAUACAUAAUGAAGGUAUUCAUACGAGGGAGAUUGAUACAGAGUUUUUAUCUGCUAUACCACAAACGCUAAGAGAAGAAAUUUUAGAGCAAGAGGCGGCUGAAACAAGAUUCUCUCACAUGAUCAAUUCUAUUCGUUCAAAUGUUACCCAAAACGAGGACUAUGAUAUGCUAAGUGAUAAUGAGGAGGAUAAUUCAGCAGCCAUCAAUUCAAACGAUCGUGAUGGGGAUCAAAGAGAUCAACCUAUCACUAAUGAAGCAGAAAAGAAAAAAUCAGGUCGGAUUUAUUUCGAGCCUCUUCUCGAUCGAACAGGAAUAUCUGCACUUGUGAAAGCAAUUUUCAUUUCACAGCCUUAUAUUCAGAGGGAAAUUUACCACGAAUUAUUCUAUCGUCUAUGUUCCAGUAAACAGGACCGAAGUGAUAUAAUCAAUCUACUUUUAUUCAUUCUCACAGAAGGAACGAUAAACCAGCAUUCCCUGGAAAAGGUCUACACUUUGAUUAGUUCGCGUGCCCAAGGAUCUGGGAAGUUUAGCAACACUCGCCAAGUUUCGGCCGACUGCACUCCCUUAGUUGUAGCUAAUCAAACUAUCGAGAUCCUACAGAAUUUAAUUGAUACUGAUGCUAGACUUAAGUUCUUUUUUAUCACAGAGCAUGAAAAUUUAAUGGUCAACAAAACCAUUUUGAAAAAUAAAAAAGAUAUAUUCAAUAGAAAUGAGAAGCUUCCGAUAAAAUACCUGUUCUCUUUGCUUACUCGUAAGUUGAUUACAGAUGAAACGGUGCUGAUGGACUUGCUAACGAACAUUUUAGAAACAUGCACGAAAGCAAUUUCUGUGGUAGCCAAGAGUUUAAAUCAAGCUAGUAGCAAGAAAAUAAAGAUGCAACUUCCUCACUUAGAACUUAAAGAACUUAAAUUGAUCAUAUCAAUAAUGAAUCUAGAUAGUUGUACCACAAAAGUAUUCCAACAAUCUUUGAAUAUCAUGUAUAAUUUGUCAACUUUGAAAGGAAGUAUUGAAAUAUUUACAGAGGAGCUGAUUGCUCAGGCUAAGACUACCUCAAAAUUAUUGACCAAUGAUUUAGAAGCCUUCUGUAAAGAAGCAUCAAAGGUUGGAAAUGGUACUGAAAUGGACGCUGAGUUAGUUCAAAAAAUAACAGUUCCAAGCUCUGAGCAAGCAAAACUGUUGAAAGUUCUCACCGCCAUGGAUUAUUUAUACACGCACAAGAAGAAAGAUGAACAAUCCAAUUUGGAAACGCUAUCGUCCCUUUAUAAUAGAAUGGGAUUAGGUACUGUGUGGAGCGCCCUCAGUAUGUGUCUAACCACCUUUGAAAAGAAGAAAAAUUUAAACACCUCAGCUACUAUUCUUCUACCAUCCAUUGAAGCUUUAAUGGUGGUUUGCAAACAUAGCAAGAUAAAUCAGUCAGAAAAACCAAUGAAAUACGAGGAGAGAAAUUCAGAUUUCUCUCAAAUCUCUGUUGAGAAUUUGUUCUUCCCUUUUACUGAUACUCAUAAGAAAUUACUAAAUCAAAUGGUUCGCUCCAACCCCAAAUUAAUGAGUGGUCCAUUCUCAUUAUUAGUUAAAAAUCCGAAAAUUUUAGAUUUUGAUAAUAAGAGAUAUUAUUUCAAUGCCAAGUUACGUUCAGAACUUCGUGAUCGUCCAAAACUUCCGAUUUCAGUAAAUCGUAAUCAAGUAUUUUUAGAUUCUUAUAGAGCUCUCUUUUUUAAAGCUGAUGAUGAGAUUAAGAAAUCGAAGCUGGAAAUUACCUUUAAAGGAGAAAGUGGUGUCGAUGCUGGUGGUGUUACAAGAGAAUGGUAUCAAGUUUUGUCCAGACAGAUGUUUAACCCUGACUACGCAUUAUUUUUACCGGUUGCAUCAGAUAAGACGACCUUCCACCCAAAUCGUGCGUCGGGUAUUAAUCCAGAGCAUUUAUCUUUCUUCAAAUUUAUAGGCAUGAUAAUUGGUAAGGCAAUCUGUGACCAAUGUUUCUUGGAUUGCCAUUUCAGCAGAGAAGUGUAUAAAAAUAUUCUAGGAAAGCCCGUUUCAUUGAAAGAUAUGGAAUCACUAGAUUUGGAUUACUAUAAAUCGCUAGUAUGGAUACUUGAAAAUGAUAUCACUGACAUAUUUGAGGAAACAUUUUCUGUGGAAGUUGAUGAUUACGGAGAACACAAGAUUGUUGAUUUGAUUGAAAAUGGUAGAAAUAUCCCUGUAUCUGAGGCCAAUAAAAGAGAGUAUGUCAAGAGUAUCGUAGAGUAUAAGCUUCAUCUCUCCGUUAAAGAACAAAUGGACAAUUUCUUAACGGGGUUCUAUACAUUAAUUCCAAAGGAUAUCAUUUCCAUUUUUGAUGAGCAAGAAUUAGAACUAUUGAUAAGUGGUCUCCCUGACAUCGAUGUAGAUGACUGGAGGAAUAAUACCACAUAUGUCAACUAUACAGAAUCUUGUAAACAAGUAAAUUAUUUUUGGAGAGCAGUAAGAUCAUUUGAUGCUGAAGAAAGAGCAAAACUACUCCAGUUCAUUACUGGUACAAGUAAAGUCCCAUUAAAUGGGUUUAAGGAACUAAGUGGUGUUAGCGGUGUUUGUAAAUUUUCAAUUCAUAGAGAUUAUGGUUCAACAGAAAGAUUGCCAUCGUCACACACCUGUUUCAAUCAAUUAAACUUACCAGCUUAUAGCUCUUAUGAAACACUUCGUGGAUCGUUAUUGAUUGCCAUCAAUGAGGGAUCUGAAGGGUUUGGUUUGGCGUGA